AUGGGCAAUGAAAAUGCUAAAGUGAAUGUGAUGAACAGGAGCAGCAGGAAUGUGCGAGCCUUUAUAAGCCAAGAGAAGCUGGACGUUGAAGCCUUCAUCACAAAAUACGAAGGCAUGAUGGACACCCUGCUGCCGCAUUCUGCAAUGAAGAAGUUCUUCUUUCGGCCUGACGUCCCAAGCUGCCGUAUUCUAAUUUCUGAAAACGCCAUUGUCCUGUACCGUGUUCCUCUCAAAUGGAGCAGGUGGUGGUGUAAGUUGACCCAUGGAGGGCUAUUGUUUGUGGCUGUGGUGUUGUCCGUGCUAGGAGUGCGUGCUGCCUUUGAUUUUCACACUGCCAACAACAUCCCUCAUCUGUAUUCAUUACACAGCUGGACUGGGAUCUCCACAGUGGCCCUAUUCACUUUGCAGUGGUUUGUGGGUCUUUGUGCUUUCUUGUUGCCCUGGACUCCUUUGGCUGUUAGAGCCUGCCUGAAACCUCUCCAUAUCUGGAUGGGCAUUGCCAUCUUCACCCUGAGUCUCAUCACCAGCCUCUCUGGGAUCAAUGAGAAACUACUGCUGACACUAAAUGGGAAAAAUGGAAGCAAUACAGAACCAUAUACGGCGCUGCCUGCUGAAGCUCUCUUUGCAAACUCAUUAGGCAUUUUAGUUGUUAUUUUUGGAUUGUUAGUGCUGAAAAUUCUGUCCAAUCAGAAAUGGAAGAAUCCAGAGUUUGAGAAUGAAACUGACAGACCUUUGCUGACAGAUGCCAGAUGAAGACUGGCGUAAACAAGAAGAAACAUGCCGCGUAUCACAAUUAUACAAAUCACCUUUUGACUGUUCUGUGGCAGCUGACUGGUUUUAUGCUUGCUUUUUCAACACAUUUAAACAAAUUGAGUGCCUAGUUGAUUGACGUAAUAGAACCUUAUCAAUGUGAGAGACAGACCUCUGGUGGUUAGCA